AUGGGCGGUGGUGGCGGCGGCGGCGGCAGUACAAUUGGCGGCGGCAGCGUGCUGGGUGGGCAUGGUACUCUGAUGAGCACGGCAGGCAAUAGUACGGUUGGCGGCAGUGGCAUGCACGGUGUUGGGGCUCCUCCUGGCAGUUUAAUGCAUGGAAGUGGUGGUGGGGGAGGGGGAAAUGGUGGCAAUGGCGGCGGUGGUGGUAUGAAUACUCCAGGUAAUGUCUAUGGCAAUGGGGGCAAUGGCAAUAACGGUCCUGGCAUGGUGGAUUCCAGGGCCGUCUCUGUGGUGGUCUCACUACCAGGCGGGCCUGGUAACCAACAUCCGGGCCAGGCAUUAAGCGAUUAUGGUCCUAUAUAGUUAAUGGUACGGCCAGAUACAAACCACUGGGUAUCCACAAGUAGUUUUAGUCAAUUGUAAAUCUCAGAAGUGAAAAAAAUGGAAAAUUUUUGAAAAAAAAAUGGACGGGUUAACAAUUGAUUGGAAAAACUUGUUGUUAGGUUUUUUUCGAAAAAAAAAAAUAUUAUUUUUUGUUUUUUUCUUGUGUAUAAAGAAAAGAAUUCAGCCGCCAUAUUAAAUUCUAGUAAAGUAGUUUAUAAAGUUUUUUAAAAAAAUAUAUAACAUAAACACUGAAUAAUGAAAAUAAU